UUCAGUUUCAGUCUUCGGUUAACGUUUGUUGGCAUUAGAGCGCGCGCGAUAAAUCUCAUGAUUGUGGUCCUUUUCAGUGGUUGAGAGCUCAGACGUUAUUCCUUAUAAUAAUAUGGACUUGUGAUAAAAAAAAAAACAUUUAGAGAUUUUUUUGCAAUAUUUCAUUUUUGGAUUAAUUUGCCCUUCAGAAAAAUGUGGUACCCGAUGAAUGAUGCUUGCGAUACCUGCAAAUUGUCAUUGUCAAGGAAACGGGCUUCCCGUGCAGGAUCUGAAAGUCCAUUUCUAGAAGACAAAACUCUCAGUCCUGUAAAAAAUGAAGAUAUGUCAUUAUUCGACGGCGUCCCAAGUGCUCCUGUUACCUGUACAUCAGGUUCUCCUGGAUGUCCUCACAGACGAACUUGGGACGACAUGGACCCAUCCUCCCAGGAUUCCGGUUUCCAUGGAGAACUUGCAAGGUUCAAUUCUUAUGGCUCUCCUAGCAGAGGACUGUUGUCUUCGUCUUUCGGCUCGGUGUCAGUAUGCUCCAUAGAAGAUGAUUUUUUGGAGGAUUUUGCCGACAUUGAACCCUUGGAGAAGCAACCUACUCUACAGGAAGAUUUGAAGCUCACUAGUGUGCCACUUGCAAUAAAAUCCAGGCCAGAAGAAAAAUCUUCACCCAAAGACACAAUCAUAAGACCCCUAUUUCGACGCGCCCUAUCAUUGCAAAAUACAGGGACAUUUGCAACCCCGAGCAAAGUUCGAACCAGUCUUUUUGGUCUAAAUGAUGACAACGAGGAUAAUAAAGAAAAUAAGGUGUCGUUCAAAAGAACUGAACCCCCAACAGACUUGGAAAAUAAGUUGAUCAAACGUUCGAAAUUUUUCAAGGAGUUAUCAGCUCCCCAUUCACAGGCUUCCAGACCCAUGAAAGCCCUAUUCAAACGACAAUUUUCUGCUACAGAGGAAAGUAUUAUGUGCGCUGUCAAACGGUCAUCGGAUGAACCUGAUUUAAUCGGGGACUUUAGUAAAAGCUAUUGCCUCCCAUUGACCCCUGGCAGACACCAAGACCUCAAAUCAAUUACUGCUGAAACGUUGGUUAAAUUGAUGAAAGGAGAAUUUGGUGAAAAAAUUGAAUCUUUCAAGAUUGUUGAUUGCCGAUAUCCAUACGAGUUUGUAGGGGGGCAUAUUAAAGGAGCCCUCAACAUCUACACUAAGGAGCAAAUUAAUGAAUUAUUACAAGCUAAUCGGAAUGUGUGCACUAAUGCAAACAAGAGACACAUUCUUGUAUUCCACUGUGAAUUUUCAAGCGAAAGGGGUCCUAAUUUAUAUCGCUACUUGCGCAAAGAAGACCGCACAAAGAACAUGAGCGACUAUCCGGCUCUGCACUAUCCUGAAAUCUAUCUACUGGAAGGCGGUUAUAAAAGCUUCUAUCAACAAUUUGCUGAUUUGUGUGUACCAAUAGCAUACAAAGAAAUGCUGCACCCAGAUCAUGAAGAAGAUCUGCGUCAUUUCAGGCAAAAAUCCAAGACCUGGAACGCUGACACCAGGCAGAGACCGGCAAGGAGUCUCAAAAGAUUGUAAUAUUUUUCUUUUUUUUUUACCUAUAAUAGUACAAAUAAUACCUAUUUGCUUAUUUUAAGUUUUUUCGUUUUGUCUUCUUCUAUUCUGGGUACCUUUGUUGAUUGUCUAUUUUCAUGUAUGCGCAACAAAAUUACUUAAUACCAUAUAAAAUUGAUAUAAAUAGAAGGACAAAGUCUUGCUUUAAAAGAAAUUAUAUUGUACAUAAGAGAAUUUAAAAAGUAGCUUUCUAUGCUCACUCAUCUAAUGAAGGGCCUAUUAUGCAAUGCUACCCACCAAAGUUUAUUUGUUUAUUUUUUUUUUUUUUUUGUUUUAUACAGUUGACUUAAUGGACAUCAGUCCUCUUUACCUAUUUUAUUUUUUUUAAGUGCAAUUAUCCUAGCAAUACUAUUGUGAUUAUGCUUUCUCUAUCAACUGUCUUGGAGCCUUACCUCCAACCAGUCGGUCAGAAAAGCAUCCUAUAUUUAUUUUUUUAAAUAUUUUUGCUUAUGAUUUCAGUAUUUGUCUAGCAUAUAUUAUUUUUGUAUUUUUUAAGCAAAAUUCAAGAGGCGAUUUUCUAAUAUUCAAAUUAUUAGAUUUGUUUAUUGGCAGACUGAAUUUUUUUUUUUGCCUUUCUUGAUUUUUGCACAUAUUCAUAAUUAAAAUUAUACUACAUAGCAUAGUUAUAAUAAUUAUUGUAUUAUAGAAUGUUAUCUUCAUUUAAAAAUAAAACUUUUUUUAUUUAAAUU